AUGAGUGGCGAAUAUCACAGCUCCACCGGCAUCUCGCCCGUCACCGGUCCUCGAAGUUAUUCCUCCUACAAGAGUCCUUACGGUCCCAAGUACAAGUUCCAGCCAAAUGUAAUGGGAUUUACGAUCAAGAGCGCGGCGAAAUUGGGCGUGACAUUAGGUGCCUUCGGAGGCGUUGCCGGCGUCUUCGCUUUGUUCUUCUUUUCCGACAUACCCAGAGUCAGGCAUGAUAUCAUGAUUAAACUUCCAGUCAUUGGUGAUCAUUUCGUAAGGGAGAUCCCGGCUUCGGACAACGUACGUACUUGGGUUUACUUUGGUUUUGAACUUUGA